GGCUCAAAUAUUCCCGAGAGGGAGAGAGGAGAGGGUAUAGGCCUCUCGCUGGGGUAUGAUCAACGAGAAGAAGGGAACCAAGCCGCGGGGGACAAGGUUUGCAAUGCGAGGAUUCUUGAGCACUGCUCUUGGGAGGGUACUGCCGAUUGCGUGAAUGCCAUUCAGGCCAGUUCCACCCUUGAUAGGUGA